UUUCAGCUGUUCCAACCAAUUGAAAAUCAAAACAAAAACCAGCUCUCGAGUUUUGAUUCAAGAACGGUGCCGAAUUAUUAGAUUCGAUUAUCAUGUCUGGUGGAAAAACCCCUCUGGAGCUCCUGUCCGGAACCUACUCCAAAAGCUGGCUUCACGAUAAGUAUGCUCCGUUGGCUGGUUCACUUUUUGGUUUUGCCGGGGCUUGUUACGUGAACUUUGGAUCCGGUCGACCAGUGCUUUCCGGGAUUCAAAAACAUAUCAUUGCUGCCCUCUCGGUUGGAUUUUUGGUGACACAAGCCGACAAAUGGAGAAACCAACAUUUGGCCGAAAAAGACGCUACCCUUAGGCACUACAUUGAGCUGCACCCAGAGGAUUUUCCAACUCCAGAACGCAAAAAAUUCGCUGAUGUUUUUGAGUACUGGCAACCUAUUCGUUAAAGCUUCGAUGGUGUAACGUUUUGGCCUAUCCGAGGAAUCCACGUAGUUUUCUAGGUUCUAUCUGAAGUUCUCCGCCCUGUUAAGCAUCUAUGUGACCUUAAAAAUCAAGGCGGCGAAUGUAAAUAAAGGUCUUUUGUUGAAACAA